GGGAGUACUUGUAGAGGUACCGAGGGUUAACACCUACGGCGUAUUUAAUAUUAUUAUUACAUAUAUAGUGGAUGUAAUGUAUAGUGAGACUACAGAAACUAUUGCCUCUCGGUCGUGUCGAGUCAUCAAGGCUCGUAUUGGGACCACUGCUCACGAAAAUCUCGCAAAUUCGGGAGAAAGGGCUGGUGACCGAGGUCAGCGUUCUAGUUAUAGUUACCAUGUAGCCAACGUGAACUUGAGAUGAAGGGGCGACAUGGGAGUUUGGAUUCUGAGUAAGAUAGAGGAUGCCAUGCAUGGGACUGCUUAAGAUCUUUUUGACUCAAUCCGUAUCGAGGGCAGAGAUAUGUCCAAGUGCUAUGCUGGCUGCGCUUUUGCUUGAUAGACGGAGAGCACGCGUGGGAUCGUAUGCGCAGAAUGUCAAUCGCCAAAAAGGGGAAGCAUAUGUAACUGACAAGCCAGGUUACCCAUACACGACGCUGUUACUGUUGUCUUUGAUACCCGAGCUUAAGUGGAAGGAAGGAAGUUUUCUAGAUGCAGCUAGCUGCCGUCCUAUAUUUACUUCGUCAAUCAUUGGCUCGCUCGGUGAGACGGAGACAAAGUAGACUUUUGAAACGGGCCAGCAUCAUCCUACUCAUUUCCAGUCAAUGCUCGCCGCUCUUCGUAGUGAGGAACACAAUCUGAGUUCGCUCGUCAUUUGCAAGUUUGCUGGGCAUUGUUUACGGCUAAUUGUCGAAUCUCGAUAACUAUCUUGUGCCGACCGUGUGGGUCGCAAAUAACCCAGUACCAUCCCUGAUGUCGGAAAAACAGGAACCUUGCGUGGCCUAUUUUGAGAAGUCGAGAUGCAGGUGCAGAGCUGCAGAUGGGCGGUCUCACAAGAUCCGAUAUGAACGUCAUCGGCCAGCAGUAAGGAAAGGAAGAAGCCAGGAACAGCACUCCUUGCGGCACUGAUAAUGCAGCCGUGAACUACACUGAUCGUAGAAGUAAGGGAGCUGUUAGGCGCGGCACUUU